UUUAGACCCUGAUCCCGGAAGAUUCCUCACAGUCAGUGGGUUGUCAUGGCGGCGUCGCUACCGUCUGCGGUGUGUCCGUUCUUCCCCGGUUACCGUCCCUUCGACCCCGUGUCUGUAGGGCUGGACGCUGCUUUCCGUCUCACCUCCUUUUCUGAUCUAAAGGGAUGAGGUUGCAAAGUCCCGCGGGAGACGCUGCUCAGGCUCCUGACGGGACUGACCGAGGAGGAGGCGGCGGUGUCCGGGGGUGAGAUUCGGGAUCCGGACGCUCCUUCUAUUGGACAGGACGGGGGACAAGCCAGGCUCGGUAUUGGGUUGGACUCUUGUGUGAUCCCACUCCGGCACAGAGGUCUUUCCCUGGUUCAGACCACGGAUUUCUUCUAUCCAUCUGUUGAGGAUCCCUACAUGCAGGGCCGCAUAGGCUGUGCAAAUGUGCUGAGUGACCUGUAUGCAAUGGGGAUCACCGAGUGUGACAACAUGCUCAUGUUGCUGAGUGUCAGCCAAAAGAUGUCUGAAGAGGAGCGUGAAAAAAUCACCCCGUUGAUGAUAAAGGGGUUUCGAGAUGCAGCAGAAGAGGGUGGCACAUCUGUGACUGGGGGACAAACCGUGGUCAACCCGUGGAUCAUCAUUGGAGGAGUGGCUACAGUUGUUUGCCAAGCAAAUGAGUUCAUCAUGCCGACGAAUGCUGUCGCUGGAGAUGUACUUGUUCUCACCAAGCCUUUAGGGACACAAGUUGCCGUCAAUGCACACCAGUGGUUGGACAAUCCUGAAAGAUGGAAUAAGAUCCGUUUGGUUGUGAGCAGAGAGGAUGUGGAGUUGGCAUACCAGGAAGCCAUGUUCAAUAUGGCUACUCUAAACCGCACUGCUGCAGCUCUGAUGCACAGCUUUAACGCUCAUGCUGCCACGGAUGUAACAGGCUUUGGGAUCUUGGGUCAUGCUCAAAACUUGGCCCAAGAACAACAGAAUGAAGUUAGUUUUGUGAUCCACAACUUGCCUAUCAUUGCGAAGAUGGCAGCUAUCACUAAGGCCUGUGGGAACCGCUUCAGACUGCUGCAAGGAACAUCACCAGAAACAUCAGGUGGCCUAUUAAUCUGCCUUCCACGGGAACAGGCCGCUCGCUUCUGUGCUGAAAUCAAGUCACCCAAGCACGGAGAGGGCCACCAAGCAUGGAUUAUCGGCAUAGUCGAAAAGGGCAACCGAUCGGCCCGCAUCAUUGAAAAACCACGGAUAAUUGAGGUUACACCCAGGGGAGCUGGUACUAGUGAUAAUAGCAGCAUGACCAGCUUAGAUGGAACAUCUUAGAAAAGACAUACUAGUGCCUGAUACAAAACUGAGGACUUUACCUAUAAGUCACACACGUAGAUUCUUUUAUUUCAAAUCAGAUUGCAGACUUGAGUCAAAUGGCUCUAUUGCCUAAUCAUUGUUCUAUUGAUGUGAUGGAGAUUGAAGACUUUUUUUGGGGUAAGUCUGUGGGCAAUGGACCUUUCUGUAUGACCUCCACCCUUGGGCCAGAACUGAGCAGCUGGAUCCUUGAGUACUGGAGGUAUGGGGUAAUGAGAGGACAAUUUGUAUUCACUUCCUCCUUCUGUCUAUGAUGCUGCUUCCUGUUAAACCCUACAGGGCUGGAAGUGGUGGAAACCAAAUGAGAAGAGGGGAUUGUCUGAAUGUGGCCAAUGUACAACCUGGCAUUAGACUUUCCUAAAGCAUUCAAUAAACAUCAUGUUUGUUAGAAAACAA